GAACUGCAAGCAGGGACAACAGUUGCCAUGGUGACUAGCCCAGCCUGUCAGCAUUCUGCAAUCAGUGGAAGUGUGCUGAGAAGGUCAUGUGAGGGAGUUGUGGGAAACCCAGUAGGUAUCUGAAUCCAAACUACUGUUAGUAGCAGUUCAGCUAAUAGGAAGGUUUGUCUGGGAAAUAUAAACCGGAAUGGAGGGGAGAGGAAGGCACUGCGUGUUGCAGGUGACCAGGGAUACUGAGGGGAUUGGUAAGGAUGACUGCCAACAAAAAUGCCAGCGCUAAUCACACAGCUGGAGCAACCAAAGCAGCUUGUGACACGAGCACCAGCUCUAAGGUCCAUCUGUGGCAGCAGCUUCAGGAACCAGAUGUUAAUGCACCAGCACAUCAACCAUGUGCAGAAACUGAGAGUGGCUGCACAGCUGUGUCCAAUCUCGCAUUGUAAAGGGCGUCAUUCAGUGUGCCCAACCACACUUUCAUUGCCGGUAAGAAGCUCAGCAUACCCAUUAAGUGACAGUGAAGACUCCUAUAGAUCUACUAGAUGUGCUCAUAUUUCAGCUCCACGACUGAGUCUGAGGGAUUGUGGAUCAGGAGGAGCAACACCAAGAAGCAGUUUUCUUCAUUCAUGUAGUAUUGAUUCCAAAAGUCCUUUACUGAAAGCUGUGAGUAUUGGAUGUUUAGAUACACACCUGCCAGGCACCACAGUUGAAGGAAUCCGAGACCAGAUACAAUCACAGGAAGAGUGCCAAGAAGGGCCAGGUGAUGGGAUAGGCACCAACCAACUUAACCGGAGCACCCUGUCUUUGGCACCUGCUUCUACCUUCCGGAACCUAUCCUUCAGUCGGGCCGGCAUUCGCUCUCAGACUGUUGACAUUAGGCAGAAGAUUUCGGAAUGGGAAUGCAGAAAGGAAAUGUCACCCAGGCGGAACCUAAUGUUGGAGAAGAGGAAAGUAGGAGACAGAGCUAGUAGUGAGGGCUGCCCUAGCAUGCUGCCCUCACCGUGCAGUGAGAAGACCUUUGAUCUCACAGGAUUCAAGAGAAUGAGUAGGUCAUUCUCCGAGUGCUCGUACCCCGAGACUGAAGAUGAUGCAUCUGAUAAAGAGUCAUUUGCCAGACAUGAAAGGUUGUUUGGUAAGAACCAGCCUUCCAGUUUAUGUAGUAAAGAACAUCCAAAAAAACAGACAUCUGCUGUAUUGAGCAGGAUUCAGAAAAUUGAGCAAGCUCUCAAGGAGAGCCCCAAUAAGGACCUUCCUCAGUUGCCCAGCAGCUGCUAUGGGAGGGAAAGACUGAAAAAAAAGUCUUUCAUUCCAAGUGUGUCAGAAGAUAUUAAGGAGCCUGGGAGUACAACACAGAGAGGGAGUGUUAGCUCUGUGUUAACAGAGCCGGAGCCUGACCCUGUGAUUGAGAAAACUAUGUCAAAGCAGCAGCUUAGUCAUAACUCUGAAAGCUCCUACCACAAACCUGAACCACCGGCUGAAAGUCUGCCCAGCAUUGUGGUGAAUCCUGUGCCAAAGCCAAAACGCACCUUUGAGUAUGAAGCAGAUAAAAACCAUAGGAGCUCUCCUAGCAACAAUCUACCUCCAUCCUCAACUCCCACUUCUCCUCCACCUCUCCCAUCAACUCCUGCUCCACCUGUCACCCGGAGGCAGAAAAAAGAUUCAAACCUUCACAGGAAAAUCCAUAACAGGAAAUCCUUUGAAUUUGAAGAUGCUGUAAGUCUUCAGUCAUCCCACUCUCCCUCUCCUACUGAAAAUGGUACAUCCACCUCUCCUCUGGAGGUUCACAGCAGAUUCAGUUCAAAAAGCACUUUAGCAGAAGAGAAUGCCUAUGAAGACAUCAUAGGAGAUACACCUAAAGAAAAUCCUUAUGAAGAUGUGGAACUGAAAGGCCGCUACCCUGGCAGAAAACUGCAGCUGUCAUCUGAGAAUUCCCUAGACUCUUUGCACAGGAUGUGGUCCCCUCAGGACAGGAAGUACGCUACACCUCCCCAGCUUGUCCGGAAAAUUAAUGGCAUCUAUAGUGCAAAAAGAGGGAAGAAAAGGCUGAAGAAAUUGUCGCUAUCAAAUUUUGAAAAUGCAUCCCUGCGAGAUGAGAACAGUGAGAGUGAGAGCGACUCGGAUGACAGGUUUAAAGCUCAUACCCAACGUUUGGUCCAUAUUCAGUCAGUCCUAAAGAAAGCUCCCAGUUACCGCACAUUAGAACGAGAACUCAUCGAGUGGCAAGAGCGGGAACUCUUUGAAUAUUUUGUGGUGAUAUCGCUGAAGAAAAAACCUUCAAAGAACACAUACAUCCCUGAAGUAUCCUAUCAGUUUCCAAAGCUAGAAAGGCCGACAAAGCAAGUUCGUGAAGCAGAAGAACGAUUGAAAGCAAUCCCACAAUUCUGCUUUCCAGAUGCCAAGGACUGGAGCCCAGUAUCGGAUUUUAUCAGUGAAACCUUCUCAUUCAUGCUUACUGGGGAAGAUGGUAGUCGGCGGUUUGGUUAUUGCAGGCGAUUAUUACCAAGUGGUAAAGGCCCACGCUUACCAGAGGUUUAUUGUGUCAUCAGUCGUCUGGGCUGCUUCACCCUCUUUUCAAAGAUUCUGGAUGAAGUGGAGAGAAGACGCGGAAUUUCGGCUGCUCUGGUCUAUCCAUUCAUGAGAAGUCUGAUGGAGUCACCCUUCCCUGCACCAGGAAGGACCAUACGAGUCAAGACCUUUCUACCAGGGGCUGGAAAUGAGGUUAUUGAACUUCGACGACCCAUGGACUCACGAUUGGAGCACGUAGAUUUUGACUGUCUCUUUCGUUGUCUCAGCAUACGGCAAAUUAUCAGGAUCUUUGCAUCUCUCCUGCUUGAGCGGAGGGUGAUAUUUAUCGCAGAUAAGCUGAGCACUUUGUCCAGCUGUGCCCAUGCUGUGGUGGCUCUGCUCUACCCAUUCUCCUGGCAGCACACCUUCAUACCAGUACUUCCAUCCUCCAUGAUCGACAUUGUCUGUUGUCCAACGCCCUUCCUGGUGGGACUGCUGUCCAGUUCACUCUCCAAGCUAAAGGAACUCCCAGUAGAAGAGGCACUAAUGGUCGAUCUAGGGACCGAUCGCUUCCUCCGACAGAUGGAUGAUGAGGACUCGCUGAUACCACGGAAACUACAGGCUGCGCUAGAGCAGGCUCUAGAGCAAAAGAAUGAACUAGUUACUCCAGAUUCAGACAGCGAAUCAGACGAUGAGUGUAACACACUGAACAACCUGGUCUCAGAAGCCUUCAUUCGCUUCUUUGUGGAAACUGUUGGCCAUUAUUCUUUAUUUCUGACCCAAAAUGAGAGGAAUGAACGAAUAUUCCAAAGAGAAGCUUUUCGCAAGUCAGUGGCUUCCAAGAGUAUCCGAAGGUUUCUGGAAGUCUUCAUGGAGUCGCAGAUGUUUGCUGGAUUCAUACAGGACAGGGAACUGCGAAAGUGCAGGGCAAAGGGUUUGUUUGAACAGAGAGUUGAACAAUAUUUGGAGGAGUUGCCUGACACAGAACAGAGUGGAGUGAACAAAUUUCUAAAAGGUCUUGGAAAUAAAAUGAAAUUCCUCCACAAGAAGAGUUAGUUGUAUUGUACUGUAUCUGUUCUCACAAGGACCACUGGACCUUGCACAAGUACCUUCUCAAACUCAUUUAUAUUUUGAAAAAAAUGGAUUAUUCGUUUUUCAUGUUCAUAAAUCCUUCAUCUUUAUUCAAAGACUGAAUUAUUAUAGUAUUGGAGAGGAAUCUGAAGCUGCAACAAGUACACUUAACUAUAUUCAUCUUUGCAGAUUGGAUUGUAUAUUGUAAAUAUAUUACUGUUUUUAUUGGUAUUUUAUUGUCUGGAUUUAGCAGUCAUUGUACUGAAUAUCUGUAAAGAGUUGACUUUUUAACAAGUUUUUGUGAUGCCAGAGCGACUUAUGACUUGGAGCAUGAAUGGUCCAACUGAGCAUGUGCAGAAGAUUAUUGUUUGUUAUGAGGCUUGGGGGAAGCACAGAUUUUCUCAUUUACUAACAAUUUCAUUACUUUGCUGGUAUGAUUAUGGAGAAUGUGUGUGAUCCUAUCAACUGGGAAAUACCUGAACUAUAUGAAAAAAAAUGAAGUUCCAAUUUUUCUUGUGUUAUAGCUGUAGAAUUCUGAUUGUAUCUUUUUUGUUUUUUCUGCAUUUUGCCAACAAAAUGUGAUCGAUCAAGUUACACUGAAAAUAUUUGGUACUUCUUUUGAUGUUGCUUGAAAAUGCAUAAGCUGCCAUAGAAAAGGGUGAUGAAUGAAUCACUGAAACCUUUAUGUAUGUAAUGCACUGCUGUAGCUGAGUGUAAUGGGAACUGAGCAGAAGCCUUUACAACUCUGCCAUUCUCAAACAGCAUGACUGGGUAAGCCUUGCCACAUUUCUAUGUACUGCUUUUUUAAAAAAAUAAACACAUUUGGCAGAGGUUUUUAA